CUUCAACUACCCCAGACUAACACGGCUACAUUUCUAUCAAAAACUUUUUGGUCUGUGUAUGGUUCUUCCCUGUCUCUUUCUGCCCCAAGGCACAGCCUGGAUAGUGCUUGUUCCCACUAACCUUCUAAGAGGCUGUUGACUUUAACCAAUGAGGGAGAUAAUACAUUGGAUCCUAUUUUGUGACUUGAAGGGCCGACUUUGUAACUUGUUUUAGUGUCUUUUGAAGAUCAAGUCUGAAAGGAAAUGUAAAGAAUUAACAAUUUACAAACUUUCACUCUCCCUUUUACCCAAGCAUAUAUCAUUUUGGGGUAGAUUUCAAACAUGUUUCAAGAUUUGUCAUGACAUUUUAAUAAAUGCAAAGUUGAUUAAGAGUCAAGAGCUACCCACUUUGUGUGUCGGACAGUUCUGUUAAACCUAGUCUUUCAGUGAUAUAGGCAGAUUAUGUUUUCCUUCGUUUUCAUCUGGAAAACAGAAUGAAUUCAGAUUAUUUCUCUGAGUGAAAUUCAGCCUUCUUUAUUAGGGAGCUGCAGGGUGUGCCUUUUAUGUUAAGGGUGAAGUGUUGUAUGGUUCCCCUCUCCCUCCCGCUUAAAACUGGUAAUAAGUUUGGAAUAGAAAUCAGUUCGUGAUGUCAUAAACAACAUUCAGUUGUUUGACACAAGGACUGAACUAGAAAUAUGUAGGAUCUUGCUCUUUUCCUCUGUGGAGGAGAAAAAACAAUCAUUUUAUGACUUGUACACAUUCAAAUGAAAUUUAAUGUGGGCUGGGAUAUUAAAAUAGUUAAUCUUUGUUAAAUAAAAGUAGCCCUUUAAAAAUAUUUAAUGUGUAUGGUUUUUGAGGACAAACUCCAUUCCCAGAAACAUGUCUAACACAGAAAAGUCUGUUAUAUAGAACCUUAUUGGAAAACUACCUAAUAAUACUGGAAUAUGGUUAUUAUAACUUAUUUUUUUAAAUGUGGUACAUAGGUGCAUUUGAUCCAGGUGUAAAUUGUCUUAAAAUGAUGAUGUGUUCAGGAUUUUAAGUCAAUCCUUGACCGGGAGACAAAGAAUGAUGGGGAGUGUAUCUAUUACUAAUUUUUUAUAAGUUCUGUUAAUGAUCUACCAAAUGCUUAGCUAUAGAUCCAUGCUAUACCAAUCUAUAUAAACUUGUCUUUGGUAUAUGCAUAUACAAGUGUUAAAUACAUACUUCUGCCUACCUAUUAAUAUUCUAAUAAAUGAUGUGCUAUUAAUAAAAGAGGAGGAGACAUUCAGACAUACACUCUAAUAUAAAGCACUUUGGCCUGUGUUUUUUCCUUGUCACCUAGUGCAGAGAGGAGCACUGUGGAAUGCUGCUCGAUUUUGUGAAAAGAUGCCUGUGGUAUUUUAACACUGGGCAGCUGCUUACAACCCCUCCAAUGCACUUGGCUUCCUGUGGUAUUCUGGUGAGCAGAAUUCCUCCAGUGCAAGGAUCUGUCACAAACCAUACCUUCGCAAGAAGAACUUUCUUCAACAUUGCUGCACCAUUUGUAAACAAAAGAAAAGAAUAUUCUGAGAGAAGAAUUAUAGGAUAUUCCAUGCAGGAAAUGUAUGAAGUCGUAGCUGUUGUGGAGGACUACAAACUCUUUGUUCCUUGGUGUAAAAAGUCAGAUAUAAUAUCCAAACGUUCUGGAUACUGCAAAGCCCACUUAGAAAUAGGAUUUCCUCCUGUGGUAGAGAAAUAUACAUCCGUUGUUACCCUAGUGAGACCUCACUUGGUUAAGGCAUCUUGCACAGAUGGGAAACUAUUCAAUCACCUGGAAACAGUUUGGCGUUUCAGUCCAGGAAUCCCAGGUUAUCCAAGAACAUGUACCUUGGAUUUUUCAGUUUCUUUUGAGUUUCGUUCACUUCUACACUCUCAACUUGCUACUCUGUUUUUUGAUGAAGUUGUUAAGCAGAUGGUAGCUGCCUUUGAAAGAAGAGCAUGCAAACUCUAUGGUCCAGAAACUAGUAUACCUCGGGAGCUAAUGUUUCAUGAAAUUCAUCACACAUAAAGGGAAAGUUAGCCAUCUCUGUUAAACAUAAUUUGUAUGCCUUAUUUAUAAGAGGUACUUUUUCUCCAAGGGCAUCUAUUUGUUAAAACUAGCUUUGUGUGUAAUAUACUGCUGUACAAAAUGUGCACAUAUGGAACCAGAUGUACAUAGAGGAAUCUUCAAGUGCAAUUCAGGAUGUGAUGUUUGUAACCAACUGAGUGGCAGCUACUGUAAGCUAGCCAACCAAGCUUGCUUUUACCUUGCCAUACAGUUUUAUAUAAUGAACAGCACAUCAGCAUUACUGCCUUCCCUAAACUUUUUUGCAGUGUUUGUAAUAAUUGUAUUAAGUUAUUAGUUUUUGAACAUAUGUAACUUAUUAUAGCACCAGCAUUACCCAAAUGUAUUCAGGGAAAGUUGUGUUAACCUCUUCCUGUACCAAGAAUUCUACUCCUUAAGACUGAAAGAUUGCACAAGUGGAUAGUUUUAAUACACUUAACUGACAAGGCUCCAAUGAACAAAGCAAUAUGGUCUUUCAGGUAGCUGUGGUAAAAAUAUAAACUGACAUUGCUGCUCCUAACUAGCAUAAUCACAUGUUCUACAAAUUGCUAAUGUAGACUAAAUCAAUGUCACAUUGUAGAACAUGUAAAAAUAUCAAGGGUCUAGUGAGUGGUCUUCAAGAUGGUUGUAACCACAGUCUCCAAGGAUAAGAGUUUUGCUAACUGCACUUGCAUACCUCAGAUUUGUGGGGUGUGCUAAUUGAACCGUGUAGCAGCACUUUGAUUGGAUCAGAGGGAACGUAUGGCUUUUACCAUGCUGUGUGCAGUCAGCACACACCCUGGCUUUAAGUGUAUCAUUUUUGUAAUAAAAAAUGGAUGAAAACCAGGAGACUGUGGCAUCCAUGUGCAUGGAUAAUGGUCAACAAAAAGUCUCAGGGCCACAUACAGAACCCAAGGGACUGCAGGUUGCUCAUCUCUAGUGUAAUGGGAGCAAAUACACUUUUUAAAUCUACUUCAAUCCACAUAUUCAGGGCUAUUGUUUCAAUAAAAUUACAACAGCAUUAAAACAAUAGAAAGGGAUAUAUUAUACCCAGGUUUCUUGAACAGAUUUGAUGAAACUAGCACUUACUUUUAUUCACUAGGGUUAUUCCUUUGUCUCUCCUCUGCAAAAGCUAAACUUGCUCUUAAAGAUAAACAAUCUUAUUUUCAACAAGGAAAUCUGUAUCCCUUUCCUUUAUUAUACUGAGUUACCUAAUUCUGGUUUUAUUCUUACUAAGUCAAGCCUGAAAUUAAGCAAUGUUUAGCUAAAGUAUAUCCCACAAUUUGAAUACCUUCCCACUAUUAAACUGCAUUGACUUAAAUCACCUACAGGCAUUACAGCAAGUACACAAUUUCCUUGCCUUAGAAUAGCUUCAUUGUUUCAUGUUAACAAGGACCCAUGAGACUGACCAGAGUAUUUUAGGCUGUAGCAGUUAUUUUAAACAGUGCAAGAAUAGGAAAAGUUUAUAAAAACAUGAUAUUGGUACAGUUAAAAGUCACUU